AUGUCUUUGCUUCUGCGUGUGAGUAUUGUUGUAGUGGUGAUAGUGGAGGUAUAUUGGCUGGAAAGUGCUGUUUUUGGUGCUGAUGGUACUGGUUUUCCUCAAGAUGGUACUAGUUAUGAUCAGCGUGGUUUGAAUAGUACUGCUGGUGAUUUUAAUGAGCAAGAUGGUGCCACUUAUACGAAAAAUGAUGUAGAUAGUACUGAUCGUAAUCAUCCUAAUCUACAUAGUACUAACCAUGACCAGCGUACGUUAAAUGAUACUGUAAAUGCUGUAGAUAGUACUGGUUUCACUCAAGAUGGCACUAGCUAUAAUCAAAGUAGUUCAAAUAGUACUAUUGACAAGCUUAAUGAGCCAAAUGGUACCACUUAUACUAAAAAUGAUGUAGAUAGUACUGAUCAUAAUCACCGUGAGCUAAAUAGUACUAAUUAUGGCCACCGUACUCUAAAGAGUACUAAAAAUGAUUCACCUGGCAGCGCUAGUACUCAAAAUGAUUUUGAUGACCAAAAUAGUACUACUUUUAAUAAAAAUAGUGUAACUAGUACCAAUGAUGAUUUUCCUACUCCAGGUGGUACUAAUUUUAAGCACGAUAGACUGGAUGAUACUAACAAUGAUCCAGAUAGUACUAGAUCAAAUGAAGAUAGUACCGAAACAAGUCAAGAAGCCUCAGACAGUACUAAAAGAGUACGAAGAGACGAUGGUACCACGCCUUCAAGGCCAUGGGAAGUUGAAUCUCCUGAGAAUGGUACUCCACUUUUAAUAGUACCAACAGUACCAAAUAGUGCGAUGAAUGAUCGAUUACCACCCAGUCCUAAUGGCACACUUCUUGGUCCAGAUGGAACUCCACUUGGACCUAAUGGAGUCCCAAUCGGACCGAAUGGAGUAUCAAUUGGACCUAAUGGAGCACCUAGUAUAAAUGGUACACCAAUUUCAAAUCCUGGAAACCAACCCGCUAUUCCAGGUAUGAUCCCUCCUGGUGCUCCUGGAACUCCAAACAACCUUGGUGGCCCUGGUUCACCAAUAUUACCAAAUGGGGGCCCUAUUGGACCUGGUACACCAGUUGGACCUAACAAUUCUAAUGUUCCUAAUCUUGGACCAAUGGAUGGCUCAGGACAGCCUCUACCAUUACCUGGAUUACCAGGUGCACCAACACCACCAUUUCCAGGAAUGAUGACUACAGUAAUCCCUGGAGUUCCUACAGUAGUCCCAGGUAUACCUAUUACAACCCCACCUCCUAUGUUGCCACCACUAGGUCAACUUAUUACCACUACGACACUGAUUCCAGGAGCUCCCGGUAUACCUCCAGGUGGCAUACCUGGACCACCAACUUUAGCUCCACCUGGACUACCUGGCUUACCUAGCCCGCCACCCAUUGGAAUGCCUGGACUACCUCCUCCAUUGGGUAUAGGAACUCCACCGCCACUAGGGAUGGCUACACCACCUCCACUUGGCAUGGCUACACCACCCCCAAUAGGUAUUAUACCUCCACCGCUCGGCGGAGUAACUACCCCAACUCCACUGAUCUUCCCCACCCCAGUUCCUGGGCUACCUGGACGGCCAACAUUACCACCGCCGGUUGUUCCCGGACUGCCUGGAAUACCUACAACACCUCCGCCUGGACUGCCAACGUUAGUACCCCCUCCUGGACUACCUGGUGCGGUGUCUUCUACACCAUUGCCUGGAGUACUACCUACUAAUAUACCUAAACCUUUGUUAGGUAAGAUAUAUCGUACCCUACAUUAUCAUAAAUUACCCUACCCUACCCGAUAUAAUACUGUGACUUUCAGACCCACCAAACUUCGGGAUCCCCCCUCCAAUCCCACUUGGAGUACCAUUACCCGGCUCAAAAGACCCAGCUGUAUCAGUCUUCCCACCUACCAACAUACCACCAAGUGGACCAGCAAUACCUGGUGUUCCAGCAUUACCUGGCCUCCCCGCUGCACCAGCUAUCCCUGGAGCCACUCCAGCUGCACCAGGAGCCCCAGCGACUCUACCAGGACCUCUAAGUGCUCCACCAGCAGUUCUUGGAGCUCCAGCUGCUCCGGGGGCUCCAGCUGCUCCAGGGGCUCCAAGUGCUCCAGCAGCACCAGGAGGGCUACCUAGUGGCCCGGCAGGAGUACCUGGAGCCCUACCUUUAGCAUCAGGUGCACCAGCGUUGCCAGGAGCUGCACCUGCAGCCCCUGGAGCACCAGCAGCACCAGCUUUACCUAAUCCAUUAGCACCAGCUGGACCAGCCGCUCCAUUAAACCCAGGUGCUCCGACGACUAUGCCUCCACCUGGACUACUAACUAUACCUGCACCAUUCAAGCUGGAUCUAUCUAACUUUACAUUCCCUACGUUACCUCCAGGGCCUACUUUCCCACCUUUGGAAGUGCUGUUCCCUGGACUAUUUACUAAACCACCGGGACCACCUGGCGCUCCUGCAGCACCUGGAGCGCCCGGAGCAGCCCCAGCAGGACUACCCGGCGCUCCAGGAGUAACACCUUCGCCAGGAGCUCCAGCAAUACCAGGAGCCCUACCUUUAGCACCAGGUGCACCAACAUUGCCAGGAGCUGUACCUGCAGCUCCAGGAGCCCCAGCACCACCGUCGGCAGGGCCAACUUUACCUGGUCCAGCUGGUGCUUUACCUGGAGCACCUGGAUCAGCGGGACCUCUGGGUGGGCUACCUGGAGCACCUGGAUCUCCAGCUUUACCUGGUGCUCCUGGUAUGCCUAAUCCUAUGGGUAUGUUAUGAGUUUUUUUUAAUUUUUGAAAUUUCAAAAUUUUUAAAAUUUUCAAAAAAUUUGCCCUAAAGAAUAAAAAAUUAUCUUUUAGGUAUCAUAACAACCCCAAUACCAGCUUUAAUAAUUCCAGGCUCCCCCACUAUUAACGGAACUCCAGUCACUGGCCUAGCCGUCAAAGCCAUACUUCCUGGAUUACCUACUCUUGUGCCUCCAACUGGUAAGAAUUCAUUACCACUGUAUUAUCAAUUUUAUUUUCAAUUUUCAUUUUUUUUUUUAAAUUUAAUAAAUUUUUUCAUUUUUUAAAAUUUUUUUAGUUUUUGCACGGUGCAGUCCUUAUUUAUUUCCUUUGCACCGUGCAGUCCUCAUUUAUUUCUUUUGCACCGUGCAAACCCCCUUUUUCCUUAAAAAACCCUUUAACCCUAAAACUAUUAUCGUAUAGUAAAAAAGUGUUCUAUGAGCCUUUCAUAAACAACACUAGCCUAUUUUAUCCAAAUUUCACUUCCCUAUACUAAUAUAUUGUACUUGCAGUGUGA